UUGCCGACCGCCAUUUUACGAACACGGGGAGCCAUAUGAUGUUACUUUGGCUCUGGAUAUAAUACGGGGCACUCGAGAAACGAUUGUCCCAGACACACACCCUAUAUAUUCUAAACUUUAUACAGAUUGUUGGGAUGGGGAGCCAGAUAAACGUCCAAAGAUGAUCCAGGUGGUCGAAAGAUUAGGCGCGAUUAUCUCUCCAACAGACACAACGGCAGAUAAUUGCAAAUUGGAUUAUUGUGAUACGACGAUCCACGCAUCAAAUAAAAGUCAAUUUAAUAAUCCGAAUAAUAUCUUUUUGCUUGGGUACUUCAAUUAUUUUGGAAUUGAAAUAUGUGAGGAUGAUAAAAAAGCAUUCAAUCUAUUUUUUAAUGCUUCGAAUCAAAAUCAUAAAUUGGCCCAUUUUUUUGUCGGGGAAUGUUACAGGUAUGGAAACGGGACCAAAAAGAAUGAACAAUUGGCCUUUGAAUAUUAUAAGAAAUUGGCAAAUCGAAAUUGUGCGGCAGCACAAUUACAAAUUAGUUAUUGUUAUGAAAAGGGAAUAGGUAUUAAGAAAGACGUGAAGAAGGCGAUUUAUUGGUAUCAAAAAGCUGCACAUAAUGGAAACAUUGUUGCGAUCUAUAACCUCGGAAAUUGUUAUAGGAAUGGAAUAGGCGUUAAUAAGAACUAUCAUAAAGCUUUUAAAUUAUAUAAAAAAUCAGCAAAAAAUGGAUGCUUAAGUGGAAUUACGAUGGUAGGAUAUUGUUAUCACAGGGGUAAGGGAACGAUUGUUGAUAAACGAAACGCUUUUGAUUUAUUUUAUAAAGCUGCAAAUUUAGGAGAUGGAAUAGCUCAAUAUAACCUUGGAAUUAUGUAUGAAAAAGGUGAUGGAAUAAAAAAAAAUAUGGAACUUGCCACGUAUUGGUAUAAACAAGGGUAUCAAAAUGCUCAAAAUAGAUUGGAAAAUGUUUUUAAAAAUGUUUAA